ACGGAAGUGAAAUGUAGUAAUGUACUGUUGCUAUUGCCAGUGACCUUCGACCCAAUAAGGUUGACAAGAUCAAAGAUGGAUCUUCUCUCUGCUGUAGUAAAAUUUAAUAACCAGACAAAUGGAAGAGACAAAUUAUGCAGGUUAUUCCAGUAUGGCACUAAAUGUGGUUGGUGGAGCAUAGAGAAGCUCAGAGAUGACCCUAGUCUCAUCAAGAAACUGAAAGAUUUGGAGUACCACCUGGGAACCUUUAGGAAAUUACUGAGAUUUGGCAAAAGUUUGGAUAUAUUGCAAGGUGCUUUGAAGACGCUUCACUUAGAUGACAUUGCUUUACGAGCAACAAUUUCAUUGGCUAAGAUCAACCAAUCACUAUACCUGCUUUUGGACCAUGUCAUCUGGUUGGCUAGAGUUGGACUCAUAGAUAUCGACAAAAAAUAUUGGGGAAAGACCUCCGCCAAAUUUUGGAUGACGCAAAUUAUCUUGAAUUUGACCAGGAACUUGUAUGACAUAUGUAGCGCUGUUUCAAAUGAGCUAUAUAAAAGGAACAAGUCAAAACGCUCCAGAGGAGAUAAAAAUGGAGAUAUCGAAGCCUCUAUUAAUCCAGCUCCAAAACAAACCCCCCUGCUUCUGAAAGUCAUUGGUGAUAACAAACCAGUAUUCUUAGAUUCAGCUAAAAAUGUUGCUGAUGUGUGGCUUCCAAUGUCUGUAUUAGGACAUGUAAAUAUAUCACCAGGAACGCAAGGCAUGCUGGGAGUGAUAUCCUCUUGUAUCGCCAUCUUGGUUACGUGGAACCCAACUUUAAAACUGGUGCCUUAGUUUAAUGUGUAAUACCUGAUCGUUGCAGUAUAACUUGCUCAUAAUUUUAACACUUUUGGGGUUUACUGAUUGCCAAUUAGUGUUCAUUUAAAGGGUUGAAAAUAUAAGCAACAUGGCAAAGCAACAUGUGUCCUAGGGCCAUGUUUACAUGUGAACUGUCAUUGCUUUUACUGUAUUUUUUAUAUUUAUAUGAUUUUAAAUUUUAUCCCUUUGAUCAAAUUGAGAUUUGAAGGUGUAAUAUUAAUUUAAUUAUGAAUAUUGUAAAAUUAUGUAUCCUAUGUAUAUUAUUUUUGUAAGCAAUGUCCUGUUGUGAACAAUAACUGAAUUAAAGACUAAUAUAAGC